CACUGUGGUUUAUUGUUUUGCCUUCAAGUGCUCUUCUGUGGUUUUUUGCUCCGUCUUCUUAGCUUGCUUGACAUCCUGGAGUUGUUUUUCUCCUGAGUAGGCUCUUCCUGUUUUUGAGCUAUCAGGCACAAUGUGAAAUUCUACUCAGACCCGUAAAGGCUGGCUUUGGCACUAUGUCCAUUUUCCUGCAAAAAUCCCUCAACGGACAUCCUGUAGGCACCUUGCGCCUGAGGAUGAUCUUUUGGGGGAGUACCUGGGUGACUUCCCUGGCAUUGUUGGUGUGGCAGGAAACGUUCUGCACCCCAAAAAGGGAUCCAGCAAUGCCAGGAGACACCUCAGCCCAUGUUGUCGUGGUAGCUCAGAAAAUCCAUUUGCCAGUAAUCCCAGGAGUGUUUCCUCUUUCCGUGAUGCCUGGAGGUGAUGGUUUUGAAUUCAAAGCUGAGGUCAUCUGGGAUAUUGGGGCACUCAGUGAAAACCGCACUGAGAAAACAAAUUUUUAGGACUCUCCAGGACCAUAAAAGGAUUUCGAGAAAGAGGCGGAGCCAUGCAAAUUAUUUGUUGAAAAGUGAAGUUUCUGUACUAGGUGAGGGACACAUUGUAAUGAAUAUUUGUAAUUGUAGUGGAUAAAGACCCUGUGGCAAAUCCCCCGUGACCUACAGGAGCAGGAGAGAUCCACUGUGAGUCUGAAGUGAUAAAGAAUUCCGGCUUUCUGAUACCUCCAGUUCCUUCAGGGAGAUCAUUCUGGCCGAUUCUGUGUCUCCCCCUGCUCCCUGUGGCAUCUCCACUCCAUGGCCACUCUGGCUCACACCCUGGCACUGCUGGCCAUGGCCACCACAGCUGUUGAGAUGAUACCCCUGGACAUGGCCCAGGACUCCUUCGAUGACCAGUACCGGGGCUGCGGCCCUGCCAUGACCGCGGCGUUGCCGGCCCUCAACAGCUCUGAGUUCCAGCAGAACCCUGUUUUUGCUCAGGCCUGGUCUAAGGCCACAGCCGAGUGGCAGAGACGGGGGUCCCCUCUGUCCCCUCUGGCAUCCCCAGCCCAGGCCAUCGCCCUCAUGGCCUACACGAUGAAGGACGUGUACAAGAAGUUCAACGAUGCUGUGCGCGUGGCCGGGCGCUCCAGCCAGGAAUACCGGCUCUUGAAAACAACUCUACAUAGCCAGGAUUGGCCCAGAUGA